AAGAAGAAGAAGAAGAAGGACUUCCGCCGGAAGUGUGACUCUGGCCACAGAGAGUCAGACUGCAAAGACGCAACAAUGGCGGGUAGCAGAGUGGAGAGGGUCGGGACGGUCUUUUCACGGGUUCGAGAUCUGAUGCGGUCUGGAGUGAAAAAGCCAGAAGAGAAACCGAUCUGGUAUGAUGUGUACAAAGCUUUUCCACCAAAACGGGAACCACUUCAUGUGAGGUCCUGUACAAGAUUCAAGGUUCAAGGUCAAGAUGACAAGAAACCAGACCCCGUGCCUGAAAUUUUCUACGCAGAAGAUGAAGUUAGAGCGAAGUUCUAUGACCAGUACGGGAUGGGUUCUCAGCCGUUCAACCUUUUCAAAUCAGACUUCGUCUCUACCAGUCAGAGGUUUGUCAAGAAGUAUGAAGAGUUAAAGAGCCACUCUGAGAUGGACAAGUCUCUUCUAUUUGAGCAGACUGCAAAGGCUUUACUAGCAGAAGGCAUCAUACUGAGGAGAAGAGGUGCUCCAGUGCUAGCUCUGGCCAGAAGCACUCAGACAUCCAAAUAUUCAGGCAGAGAUCCAGUGUUGGGGUGGAAGCUGACUGACAUGUUUGCUGAGCAGGAUGUAAGUGAUGCUGAAGGCAAGCAAGACAUGUUUGCUGAGCAGUAUGGAAGUGAUGCUGAAGGCAAGCAAGACAAGUUAGCUGAGCAGUAUGUAAGUGAUGCUGAAGGCAAGCAAGACAAGUUAGCUGAGCAGUAUGUAAGUGAUGCUGAAGGCAAGCAAGACAAGUUAGCUGAGCAGUAUGUUAGUGAUGCUGAAGGCAAGCAAGACAAGUUAGCUGAGCAGUAUGUUAGUGAUGCUGAAGGCAAGCAAGACAUGUUUGCUGAGCAGUAUGUAAGUGAUGCUGAAGGCAAGCAAGACAUGUUUGCUGAGCAGUAUGGAAGUGAUGCUGAAGGCAAGCAAGACAAGUUAGCUGAGCAGUAUGUAAGUGAUGCUGAAGGCAAGCAAGACAAGUUAGCUGAGCAGUAUGUUAGUGAUGCUGAAGGCAAGCAAGACAAGUUAGCUGAGCAGUAUGUUAGUGAUGCUGAAGGCAAGCAAGACAUGUUAGCUGAGCAGUAUGUUAGUGAUGCUGAAGGCAAGCAAGAGCACACCACAAAGAGCUCUUAGAAAUAAAAGCCUGAUCAACAUUAAAUCAUGAUUGACAAGUAAUCUAUCAACUGAAAGUAUCCUUCAUUGAUUGUCUUCACUUCUUGAUAGUGUCAGCAGAAUGUGUUCAGUUAGAUGUUGUGUAGUUAAGAAAUAUUGCUGUGUGUCCAAGAGAUAUAUGAGGAAUGGAAACUCUCACUACAAUUACCAUCUGAGUAGUAAUAGUUGCAUUUGUAAUAGACUUCCAUCUGUUAAGAAAUGCAGAAGCAGAUGUAACUGAUAUGUUGGAAACAAAUGAAAUGUGACUGACACACAUUGAAAGAGGAGGCCUAGAGGGCGCUAACUUACCAAUGUUUGAAAAGUGUCCAAUGUAAGCAUCAUAUAUUCAGCCCUCUUACAAAUGAUACCAGGUAAUAACGUCAACUACAGAGUGUGAUGUUUGUAUACUGAAGAAAGUCAUUAUUUUGAGUGAUACGGUGGUGUAUUGACAGGAGUCCUAUGCUCACAAACCCUACCUGUGGAUUUGAUCCCCAUAACUGCUGAAAUAUUUCUAAAACAAUCUUGCCUUCUUUCAAACUUCCUCCAAACGAGCCGUUUGGAAUUGGAGACUUUAGUGACAUCACAGGAUAUGUACAGUAUAUGCCAGAAGAUUCCCCAAAGAGUCCGCCAUUUUUAUUCACUUGUAGCCAAUAAGUUCCUUAUUUUUCUCUGUCUUGCUGUGGGGCAGACUAACUCGUACGUGCACAUGAAUGCUGAAAUUGUAAGAAAAAGUGUCUAUUAGUUGUGACUUAUAUCUGUCAGUGGACUCAAUAUGGAAGCAGUACAAGAUGGCUGCUUGGGUGAAGAUGCUGUCGAAGGAGUCUUGCUUCAUUCAGCCCAAAAAUCAAAUGCAGCAUCCUAAGACACAGUCCAAAAAGGGACUUGAAGAUGGUCUGUAGAACAAAACCCUAACCCUAAGACACAGUCCAAAAAGGGACUUGAAGAUGGUCUGUAGAACAAAAUGUUGACCAUUACAUGUUCUGUAGACCACAAGAAAGGGUUUUAAAUGUAGGCCCAAAUCAUAAUAUGAAUGCUGUGGGUUUGACACAAUAAUUCCAAUCGAAGGCGCCUCAAGAUGAAGGGAUGAUGUUCUUCUAGAAGCCAGUGAAAGCAGACACAUGUGAAGAAACGGAAAAUAAAAGCAGAAUUUCACCAGCA